AGCAUUACAGGGAACAAGAGCAACUCUUCUCCACUUCCGGUGUUCGCUGACCCGGACAUGUUCAAACACGGAUAUGUCCGUCAGACUGCUGAACAAGGUCAAUUUACGUAAAUGUAAGCAGUUUAACAUGUCAUACUAGCAGAUAAGUUUACUUAAAAAUAGAWUAAAUUAGAUUAAACGUUAGUGAUCCCUUGGAACUUUCCUCCAGGGAAAAUAAAUUUCCAGCAGUAUCACACAGGCRUUAAAACAGGGACAGUAGCAAAGUAGUCACAGAAAGCAUAAAUACAAAAUUAAAAAUGAUAAAUAAACAGAUUUARCAGUAAAUAAUUCUGUAUAACCAGUCGCUGAACAGGCUCCUCUGGUGGUGUGCAGAGGGUGACUGCAGUUCUCUGCUACGUCACCACAGAGUCCAGCUUCAUGCCAACAACACGGCUGGCCCACUUUGGUCCAGCCUGGAUGUAUCCUUCUUGGAUAUGAGCCCCCCGAACAGGAAGCGUGCUCCAACCCUUCCAGUGUAAGAGGUUGUGUGUGUUGUCUGGUCCAAUUUGCUGCCUAGCCACAAUUCAAGGUACUUCUACAGUCUCCACCACAGAACUGGUGUUGACUCCAAAAGUCACCAGCUCCUUUGUCUUUGGGGCAUUAUGGGGUUGUAGAUGGUCAGGGUGGCAURAUCUGCAAACUUCUGGAUGUGACACAGMUAAGAGUUGCAGGCRUGCAGGAGGAAAGAAGAGGGACCAGCACCGUGCCCUGAGGUGCUCCAUAGCUGCUCRUCAGUGUCCAACAUACUGAGGCCUAUGGUGAGGUACUUUGAUCCAAGGGGUCCACUCACAUCCUGUUCAGUUUGUCCUGAACACCUUUACAGCAACCUGCAUAAGGAAAUGCUGAGCUGCAGCAGAGUGAGCUCAGCUCAUUGCAGUUAUGGCGGAAAUCAGCAAAACGGAGAAAGUUCAGCUGYACUCUCCGUCUCUGGAAGAGCUGCAAGGAGCUUUACAGGCUGGACUGGAAAGCAAUUUUGCAGAAGUUCAGGGCUGUGUGGAAACCCUCGCAUUACUGAUGUUGGAGGUGUACCCUACCUGGUCCCAUUGGUCAAAAAGAACAAGGAGUACAACAUGAACGCGGUAUCGAAGGAGCUGGAGCUGCCAGGAGCGUUCAUCCUUGGUGCUGCAGCCGCCCCGUCCAGAGUUAUUGGGAUGAAUGCCGAGCUGAUGCCUCUAGUUCUGACUGAAGCAGAGGGAAGACCGGCAGUGAACUGCAGCUACUUCGCCUCAAUCAACCCGGCCGAUGGUCAGUGUCUGCAGGAAAAGUACGCUGACCGAUUCUCAGACUGCAGCUUCGGACUGUUGGGGAACCUGUAUGCCUGUGAAGGGAAGCCAGGAAAGGUCAUAGAGGUACGAGCCAAAAGGAGAACAGGAAGCGACAGUCUGAUAACGGCUCUGAGAACCACUUUGGAAGCUCACUAUCCCGGGGAAAGUCUCGCUCUUGGAGGCACUUUCCUCAUCCAGAAAGGAAAGGCUAAAAUCCACAUCAUGCCAAGAGAGUUCUCGGCUUGCCCCCUCAACACCAACGAUGACGUGAACAACUGGCUGAAGCACUUUGAGGUCAGCUCUCCGCUCAUCUGCCAGUCUGUGCUCGUAUCCAGAGACCCCGGCCUGGACCUGCGCAUGGAGCACACCCACUGCUUCAGCCACCACGGUGAAGGUGGUCACUACUACAUCGACACGACGCCCGACACUGUGGAGUACCUGGGCUACUUCCUGCCUGCGGAGUUCGUCUACCGCAUCGACAGGCCCAAAGAGAUGCACAGAGUUGGACAGGACUGAAAACCUCCAUAAAUCAUCACACUAACGACAUACAGGGGUUAGACAAUGAAACUGAAACACCYGUCAUUUUAGUGUGGGAGGUUUCAUGGCUAAA